AACAUGGCAAACUCUCUCCUCCGUUUUUUCCUCCUCCUCCUAAGUUUCACACUUCUCUCCGCCGUUCCUCCGACGACGUAUUUCGAAGUCACGAAACCCAUCCCACUCCCCAAAACCCUACCUUGCUCAAUUCAAAUCCUCCGACACGAAUUCGCAUACACCUACGGAAAAUCCCCUGUUCUAACAGAAUACAAACCCCCUUCGAAUUGCGCAUCUCGUAAUUCCCCAAAAAUCGUUCUCGAAUUGACGGCGGCUUCCAAGGGCAGACAAUUCGACAGAAUCUUCGGCGUUUGGCUCGGCGGCGUCGAGAUUCUCCGCAGCUGCACCGCCGAGCCCCGCCGUACCGGAAUUGUCUGGACUGUCAAAAAGGACAUCACCAGGUACCGUUCUCUGCUGAUGAAGGAACAAACCUUAGCUGUUUAUAUUGGAAACAUUAUCGAUAAUACUUACACCGGUGUAUAUCACGUGAAUCUUACAAUUCAUUUUUAUCCGGUCGAAGAACAAAAUCACGGCCGUAAUAGGUUUAUUUCGGGUGAUGGUUUUGGUUCUAUGGCGGCAGAUUUGAUCCUCCCGGUUUCAAGAAAUCUGUCUUUAAACGAUGGGUUGUGGUUCGAAAUCGAGAAUUCGACUCAUGUUUUGGGGAAAGAAAUCGAAAUCCCCCAAAAUACGUACAGGGCCGUUCUCGAAGUAUACGUAUCUCCCCACGAAAACGAUGAGUUUUGGUACACGAAUUAUCCGAACGAGUACAUUUACGAAAAUAACCUCACCGACGCCCCCGGAAACGGGCCUUUUCGCGAGGUUGUUGUUCGAUUGGACGAUUCUAUAGUCGGUUCGAUUUGGCCCUUUACCGUAAUUUACACGGGCGGCGUUAAUCCAUUCUUGUGGCGACCGAUUAGUGGAAUUGGUUCGUUUGAUCUCCCUUCUUACGACAUUGAAAUCACCCCCUUUUUGGGUAAACUAUUGGACGGAAAAAAUCACUCGUUUACGUUUGGUGUCACAAACGCUUUGAAUGUUUGGUACAUCGACGCGAAUUUGCAUCUUUGGUUGGACGAAAAAUCGGACAAGACACACGGGAAGCUUUUGAAACAUAGUACUCCGCCUCUAUCAUUGUCUCUUGUCUCGAGUUUUAGUGGUGCUAAUGGGGUUUUUACGACAAAUGUUAGUAGAUCAAUAGUUUCAAGUGGAUGGGUGAAAUCGUCUCAUGGGGUGAUCACAACAAAAUCGCGUCAAGAAUUUACGUACUGUAAUUCAAUGGCGAUGAAACAUGACGGGAAUUUGCAGGUGUUGGAUCAAAUGAUUUAUUCGAAAGGAAGUGUUGAUGCUAGAAAGCGACUUUCUUCGGUUUUUCGCGAUAAAUUGUUUAGAAGGUUUCGAAUCUAUUUGAGCGCGGAUAAUGUGGAUAAAGGAAACGGGACUUUGGCUUCUACGGCUGAUUUGAGAUUGAGCAUUGAUGAGAAGAGUCGAAGGGGUUCUUGUUUCGGAUCGUGGAAAAGGAGAAUCAAGAACCGGCAAAAGGGGCAUGGGUAUAUGCUUUUGAAAGACUCGAAUUUAGUUGAUGGAUUGGGAGAAACGCAACAAGACUAUCGUUACUCUAGUGACGAGUCGUGCUAUUUUAGGAACGUGAGAAGCUCGAAUUACACUAUUCUGCAUGAUGAGGACAGCAACACUUGCAAAAACAACGAACCGUAGCGUUUUGUUUUUACGUUUUUACCCCUGAAAAAAUUGCCCUUUUUGGGAUCUAAAUGGCAUUGUUAAAAAAAAAAAAAAA